AGCUGCUGCGCUUCCCACGCCGCAUCAGUCAGCUCAUUGACACUCCGGAUAGACCUCUGAAACUUGGGUUUUGAUUCAGCAGACAUGGCAGCAGCAGUUAUCUCAAAUCAGAACGUGGUGGAGAGGGUGAGCAGCCUCCCCCUGGUGAGCUCCACCUAUGGCCUGGUAUCCAGCGUGUACUGCAACACCAAGGACACCCACCCUUACUUCAAGACGGUGUGUGAGGCUGCCGAGCAAGGCGUCCGCAACAUCACCUCCGUGGUCGUCACCACAGCUUCGCCCAUCAUUUACAAGCUGGAACCUCAGAUUGCCAUUGCCAAUGACCUGGCGUGUAAGGGUUUGGACAAGAUUGAGAAAACCUUGCCAAUACUUCACCAGCCAUCUGAGCAGGUUGUUUCUAGUGCUAAGGGUGUGGUAACCAAUGCCAAAGAAGUUGUGACUGGCAAAGUGUCCGGUGCCAAGGACACAGUUUCAGACACCCUGACCAGUGCUGUGACUAUGACGCGGGGCGCGGUGCACGAUGGGAUGGAGAGGACCAGGGCGGUUGUCAGUGGGAGUGUGACCACGGUGCUGGAAAGCAGAGUGGCUCAGCUGGUCAGCAGCGGGGUGGACACGGCCCUCAGUACCUCUGAGAGUCUGGUGGAGCAGUAUCUGCCUCUGACGGAGGAAGAGCUGGAGAUGGAGGCUGUGAGGGGCUUUGACAGCAAGAAGACGAGCUACUACGUCCGUCUUGGUUCCCUCUCCACCAAGCUCAGGAAGCGGGCGUACAACCGAGCCCUGGUCAAGAUCCAAGAUGGCAAGAUGACGAGCAGGAAAUUCAUUUCCGAGCUCAACUAUACUGUUGACCUGAUUCAACAUGACAGAAAUGGGGCUAACCAGAGUGUUAAUGACAAGCUGAGGUCCCUGGUGGGGUGGAAGUCCAGUGGUCCAAACCAGGAGUAUGGUCACGAGGCAGAGGUUAUCGAGUCUCGCACCCUGGCCCUGGCUCGCUCCCUCACCACCCAGCUCCAAACCACGUGUCUGGGCCUCGUCUCCAGUCUCCAGGGCCUUCCCAGCCACGUCCAGCAUGAGGCGCUCUCCCUUGGCCGCUCUGCCACACACGUCUACAACAGCUUCAGCAAAGCCAAAGCGCUGAGAGACCUGCCAGAUAGUGUGCUAACCAGCAGCAAAGCGCAUCUGAGUGAAAUGAAAAACUCCCUGGACAAGGUCAUGGAUUACCUGGUCAAUAACACCCCACUCAACUGGCUGGUCGGUCCUUUCUAUCCCCGCAUGGAUCCAGAGUCGCAUUCCAGCCGCUGCACACAAGCUCCGUGCUCCGGCUCUCCCUCCGCCCAGACACACCGAGAGGAGCCCAUGGAGGUCGAGAUGCAGUCACUUGACUCGCAGCAGCAGCAGUAGUUCUUCAGUUUUAUGUUCUAACAAUCUUCUUUGUAGGACAUUUUAAAAAAUGUGGAAUGUACUAGGGAUAAAAGCUUAAUCCUCCCCAUCUCAAACAUUUUUUUUGAAAUCAUGAGGUGUCAAAAUGUGCAGUUUUCAAACUGAGACAUGAAUGUUAAAGCUUAUUUUUUGCUACUUUUUCCACAUAAACUUGACUGGAAUCAGA